AUGAUAUUUGGACUUGGCAGGCUAUUUUAUGUGGUGCUGCUGCUGAUAAACGCUGUGGCAGUUUUGAGUGAAGAAAGAUUUUUGAGAAGAAUCGGCCUGGGAUCCAAUUCGAGCCAGAGCCAUGCUUUCGGACAGCAGGAAAGCUCGACCAAAUCAAAAAUCAUCCAAUUGAUUAGCGCCAUUCAAACGCUAUUAAGAAUUCCGCUUAUUGGGAUAAAUAUACUGGUCAUCGUCUAUGAACUUCUUCUUGGAUAG